AUGGGAGCAGCAAUGCCGAUAGGCCAACGCCAACGCCGACAGGAUCACACGGAGCAGCAACGGCCACACCAAGAACCUUCUACCGAUAAACAAGCUAGAGCACAAACCACAGACACCCAAGUUUCGGAAUCCGGCUUCACACCGCAGCAAAUAGCUACUCCCAUGGAAAUGAUGCGGACGCUGCAAGCGGAGCUGCUACCCUAG